GAGGAUUUGUUGAUGGGUUGCUGAUCAAUGUUCAGUUUUGCGGAAUUCUUCCACUCUUCUUAUUUCUGUUUUACUUUUAGUGCUAAUUCGUCGAUCGUCUUGAUCCAAAAAGUCAACAAAGGUGUAGAGAGUGUCAGUGUCACUGUGUGCUCUGUACGACGUAAGUUUUGUACCAGAGUCGACUUUUAAGAUCGUUCCUCACACAAUGGAGAAUAUGAGUAUGAGCUUAGUGGAUGCUGCACUGAAUGAACUAGGAAUGCUGAGUUCUGUAACAGACAGUCGCAAAGAUUACCUGAGUGAGCAAGCCGCUGCCCGACGCAGAUCCAGCAGUUACAAUGUCCUUCAACUGAAUCCAACGUACGUAACCUGCCUGGGGCCAGUUUCCCGUCCAGAAAGGGCUAGCUCUAAUAAACACACCAAUGUGGAAGAAGCCCCAAGAAGUUUAAGAGCGUCUAGUUCAGUGCCGCAAUUGGUAACGACUGAAAAUCGAGUUUGUCGCAGACAGCGAUCGAAACCUCGAUACAGCCGACCCUAUCACAUACCCAAGCAGUAUGUUGCAGUGACACGCUCACGUCGGACUACAGAGCCAUCAGAAGAAAAAGAGUCGAUGGUUCAACUCGGAGGUGGGACAGAUACGUCCGUCAGCGUCAACCUUGACUUAACUUCUGACAAUGAUGUAGUGCCGACCGUUCAUUGUCUAACCCGUUCCAAAUCUGUGGACGAUGUAAGACGUGGGGCGUUUCAGGGACCAUCGAAUAUUCAAGGAACGUCGCAGCAUCAGGAGCUGGAAAUGGUCUCCAGUCAUUUGAGGGAUUUGCAGGUUUCGUCGCAAUAGCAAACACUUACUCUCAUUACUGAAAUAAUAUUUGAACUCUUAACAAUGUCUUCAACAGAGUAUGCAUCCUUUAUCACGAAGUAAAGCCUUGAAUUUUGUUUUUGAUUUAAAGCCAUUGGACACUUUCGGUAAACAGUAUUGUCCAAAGGCCCACACUUCGU